GGCUGUGCUACUGUGUAAUUUCUGGACUAAGGAGGAAUGAAUGGGUUGAAGAUCAGUGGCUGAGUGGAGCACGGUUUUCCCCUUUUGCGUUAUUCAGAGCUGCUGGAAGACAAUGGCCCUGUCGUUCUGUGGAAAUGACACCACUGAAGCUUACAACGUCGACGGGGGCGUCUUAAACAACGGCUGCUUCGUGGAUGCUCUCAAUCUAGUGCCCCAUGUCUUCCUGCUCUUCAUCACUUUCCCCAUAUUAUUUAUCGGUUGGGGAAGCCAAAGUUCAAAGGUUCAGAUCCACCAUAACACAUGGUUGCACUUCCCUGGACACAGUUUACGAUGGAUUCUUACAUUUAUACUCCUCUUUGUUCUCGUCUGUGAAAUUGCAGAGGGAAUGGUUUCAGAUCGAAAAAUGGACACCCGUCACCUGCAUCUAUUUAUGCCUGCUACCAUGGGAUUCAUAGCUGCAAUUACAUCUAUUGUGUACUAUCAUAAUAUUGAGACUUCCAACUUUCCAAAGUUAUUAUUAGCUCUUUUUAUAUACUGGGUCCUGGCUUUUAUCACAAAAACUAUUAAACUGGUGAAGUACUGUGAUCACGGAGUGAACAUGACCCAGCUGCGAUUUUGUAUCACACUUAUGUUGGUUUUUCUUUAUGGCUCACUGAUGGCUAUUGAAGUAAAUGUGAUCAUAUUCCGGAAAUAUGUGUUCUUUGCAAACCCCAAAAAAGUUAAACCACCUGAAGACUUGCAAGACCUGGGUGUGAGAUUCCUGCAGCCAUUUGUAAAUUUACUGUCAAAAGCAACGUACUGGUGGAUGAACACACUCAUCAUUUCAGCCCACAAGAGGCCAAUAGACCUAAAAACCAUUGGCAAGCUCCCCAUAGCCACAAGGGCUCUCACCAACUACAUGCGUCUGAAAGACGCUUAUGAAGAGCAGAAGAAAAAUGCACACUUCCCAGGCGAACAGCCUCCGUCGAUCUGGCAUUCCAUGUACAGGGCUUACGGUCGACCAAUCUUUCUUAGCAGCACUUUCCGUUACUUGGCCGACCUUCUAGGUUUUGCUGGCCCCCUCUGCAUCUUUAAGAUUGUCGACCACCUUAGCAAGACAAGCAAAUCAAGUAACAAUGUUAACGGAACUAAUACCAUGAUGUACAACUCAAGCCAAAUAGAUAAAGUAACGCUUAUGGGCGUUUAUUUCGUGUCAUCAAAGGAAUUUUUGGAGAACGUUCAUGUUCUGGCAGUGUUGCUCUUCCUGGCCCUCAUAUUACAGAGAACGUUUUUGCAAGCAUCCUACUAUGUGGCCAUAGAAACGGGCAUCAAUUUACGUGGAGCCUUGCUGGCUAUGAUCUACAACAAGAUUCUCCGUCUCUCCACCUCCAAUAUGUCAAUGGGAGAGGUGACCUUAGGACAAAUCAAUAACCUUGUUGCCAUCGAAACAAAUCAGUUGAUGUGGUUCCUAUUCCUGUGUCCUAAUCUGUGGGCCAUGCCUGUUCAGAUUAUCAUGGGUGUAAUCUUAUUGUAUUACAUGCUUGGAAUCAGUGCACUGAUUGGUGCUUCUGUCAUAGCACUACUUGCCCCUUUGCAGUAUUUCAUAGCAACUAAGUUCACAGAUGCACAGAAAAGCACUCUGGACUACUCCACAGAACGACUGAAGAACACCAAUGAGAUCUUAAAGGGGAUCAAACUUUUGAAACUUUAUGCCUGGGAGCAUAUUUUCUGUAACAAUGUGGAAAAGACUAGAAUGCAAGAGUUAACCAGUCUCAAGAGUUUUGCACUUUACACAUCCUUAUCCAUAUUUAUGAAUGCAGCAAUACCGAUUGCAGCAGUGUUGGCGACGUUUUUGGCAUAUACCCACAUCAACUCGGAGAAACUGUCCUCUGCUGUGGCCUUUACUUCAUUGUCUCUAUUCAACAUUUUGGUGACCCCACUAUUUCUGCUCUCCACUGUGAUCAGAUUCACAGUUAAAGCCCUGGUCAGCCAACAGAAAUUGAAAGAAUUCCUGAUGAGUGAUGAGAUUUCAGAUGAUGGCUUUCGGGGUGGUGAGACCUCAUUGAACGUGGAGACUUGCAAAAAACAUUCAGGAGUCCACACAAAGGCCUUCAACAGGAGGCAGCCCCUGAAGGACCAGCUGGAAGGUUUUGAGCAACCACUGAGGAGGUACAUUCGGUCCAGAGAGACAGAAGAUGUGUCAGUCAAGGUUACUGAUGGGUCCUUUUCAUGGGGUAGUGGCAUGGCAACUCUUUCUAACAUCAGCAUCAGAAUUCCAACAGGUCAACUGACGAUGAUUGUCGGUCAAGUGGGAUGUGGAAAAUCUUCACUUCUCCUUGCUACCCUUGGAGAAAUGUUGAAAGUUUCUGGGAAAGUUUACUGGAGCAAAGAGCCUGCAAAUGAAAUGAACCAGGAUGCAACAUUAAGUGCACAUGAGGUUGACCCUGUGUUCGAGGUGACUGGGAGAAACCGAAACUCUGUUGCUUAUUCUGCUCAGAAACCUUGGCUCCUAAACACAACUGUGGAGGAGAACAUCACGUUUGGGAGCCCCUUUAUAAAGCAAAGGUACAAAGCCGUCAUUGAUGCCUGCUCCCUUCAGCCUGACAUUGACCUGUUACCAUUUGGAGACCAAACCGAGAUUGGAGAGAGGGGAAUUAACCUGAGUGGAGGUCAGAAACAGAGAAUCUGUGUAGCUCGAGCCCUGUAUCAAAACACAAGUACAGUAUUCCUGGAUGAUCCAUUCUCUGCAUUGGAUAUUCACCUGAGUGAUCACCUCAUGCAAGAAGGAAUCCUUAAAUUUCUCCGUGAAGACAAGCGAACUGUAGCUCUAGUAACACAUAAGCUGCAGUAUCUGACCCAUGCUGACUGGAUAAUUGCUAUGAAAGAUGGCAGCAUCAUAAGAGAAGGCACAUUGAAGGACUUUCAGAAUCAUGAUGUAGAGUUAUACGAACAAUGGAAAACACUCAUGAACCGACAGGAUCAGGAAUUUGAAAAGGAGACUGAAGGUGAAAGCCAAACAAUUCUAGAAAGAAAAACUUUGCGAAGGGCAAUGUAUUCACGAGAAGCCAAAGCCCAGUUGGAUGAUGAAGAUGAAGAAGAGGAUGAGGAAGAUGAUGAUGAAGAUAACAUGUCAACAGUUAUGAGGCUUCGAACAAAAAUGCCUUGGCGAGCUUUCUGGAGAUAUCUGACCUCAGGAGGAUUCCUUCUGCUCUUUUUGCUGAUUAUCUCCAAGUUGCUAAAACACUCUGUCAUGGUGGCUAUUGACUAUUGGCUUGCAAAGUGGACAAGCUCAAAACAAACAAGUGAAACAAACACAAUGACUGACACGAGUAACCAAAAUUAUUACAAAAUGUGGUACAGCAUCUUGUGCAGUGUUGGGAUCAUACUAUGCCUCAUCACAUCCCUAACUGUGGAGUGGAUGGGCUUAACAGCAGCUAAAAAUCUUCAUCAUAAUCUUCUCAACAAGAUCAUCCUAGCACCAGUGAGGUUCUUUGACUCAACACCUUUAGGUCAAAUUCUCAACCGUUUCUCUGCUGACACAAAUAUAAUAGAUCAGCAUAUCCCACCAACACUGGAGUCCUUAACAAGAUCAACCUUCCUCUGCCUGUCGGCAUUAGGUGUGCUCUUGUACGUCACACCAAUCUUCUUUACAGCUUUACUGCCCUUUAUUGUUGCCUUUUACUUCAUACAGAAGUACUUCCGGGUUGCCUCAAAGGAUCUUCAGGAACUGGAUGAUAGUACGCAAUUGCCUCUAUUGUGCCAUUUUUCUGAAACAGCAGAAGGGCUUACAACAAUCCGUGCAUUCCGACAUGAAACCAGGUUUAAGCAGCGUAUGCUGGAGCUCACAGAUGCCAACAACAUCGCCUAUUUGUUCCUGUCAGCAGCUAACAGAUGGUUGGAGGUCAGAACGGACUACCUUGGUGCUUACAUUGUCCUCACUGCAGCUCUAGCCACCAUAACGUAUUCCCAUUACUAUGGUCUUUCAUCUGGUUUUGUGGGAUUUGGUCUGACCUAUGCAUUAACGGUUUGUAAUUACCUUAAUUGGGUAGUGAGAAAUCUCGCUGAUUUGGAAGUGCAGAUGGGAGCUGUGAAGAAGGUGAACAGUUUCCUGAACAUUGAGAGUGAAAAUUAUGAAGGAACCAUUGACCCAUCCCAAAUCCCAGAAGACUGGCCGCAGCAAGGAGAAAUAAAGAUUCAGGAUCUCUGUGUUCGAUAUGACCCAGCUCUCAAACCUGUUCUUAAACACGUCAAAGCCUACAUCACACCAGGUCAAAAGGUUGGGAUAUGUGGGCGCACCGGCAGUGGAAAAUCUUCCCUGUCCCUGGCUUUCUUCAGGAUGGUGGAUAUAUUUGAAGGUAAAAUCAUCAUUGAUGGAAUAGAUAUCAGCAAGCUCCCUCUUCAUACUCUUCGCUCAAGACUUUCCAUUAUUUUGCAAGACCCUGUUCUUUUUAGUGGAUCCAUUCGCUUUAACUUGGAUCCAGAGUGCAAGUGCACUGAUGACAGACUCUGGGAGGCAUUAGAAAUAGCUCAACUAAAGAACAUGGUCAAAUCGCUGCCGGGAGGGUUAAAUGCCAUGGUAACUGAAGGUGGAGAGAACUUCAGCGUUGGGCAGAGACAGCUCUUCAGUUUAGCCAGAGCAUUUGUACGGAAGAGCAGCAUUCUGAUCAUGGAUGAGGCUACGGCAUCUAUUGACAUGGCUACAGAGAGCAUUUUGCAGAAAGUGGUAAUGACAGCUUUUGCUAAUUGCACUGUGGUGACAAUUGCACAUCGUGUACACACAAUACUAACUGCGGACCUGGUUAUCGUGAUGAAACGGGGAAACAUUCUUGAAUAUGACAAACCUGAAAGUCUCCUGGCCCACGAAGGUGGCAUCUUUGCAUCUUUUGUUAAGGCUGAUAUGUAAAUCUUCCAGAGAUCUCACUUUGCAAGUUAACGUUUUUCUCUUUCUCUGCAACCACAAUUUUGUAUUUUUUUAAAUAUAAAGUUUACAAGUCUUCCUUAAAAGAGAAUAUGUUUUUAUGCACUGUCUCUAAGAAAAGGAAAGUUGCCACUGUCUUGUUAAAGAUCAUGUCCCACAAGAUGUCACACCUCAUUUUAAAGACAGCCUUUUAAUUCUAGAGCUUUCACAUUUAAUUACCUUUAAACAAGUGCAAGCUUAAGCAAGUUACAGGACACAAAGCAAAAUUGAGGGCAGUUCCACUGUUCAUGAACAAUGGAUUUGUGCAAACUUUUCAGAAGUGCACAGUGAAAUGCAGCAAUGAUUAGGAAAUAUUUCAGCACAGUAAUAGGAUGGCUUUGAUAGUGACAGCUGAGGUUAAUGUGACUUUGAACUCAUGCCUCGUUACUUAUUUUGGAUGACACUUUCAAAUACUCAUUUAAUCAGUUAAUAACAUAAUGUUACUGAAACUUGGAUAAGACUGUAAAUUGCAGAUGCAUGUUGGAAGGGGGAAAUUGUCUGUGUUUAAAAUGAAAAAUUGGACAGUAGCUACAGAUUGGGAUAAUCGAACCUGGCUGAAUUCUAGUCACACAAGUACAAGUCACAACAAGAGGUGUUACUGCAAUUACAAAGGCUUCAUAAUCCACUCUUCAAUAUUUAGAAAAAGAUCAUCAAAAAUUACUAGACUGUGUACACGCAUGUGUACAGAACAGAGAAGAUGAAGGAAUCAUUUGAAACAUCACCUGGGAUGCCUAAUAAUUCUGCACUUGAAGUAGCUUUAACGUAGUGCUGAACAUAUGCAAUAUCUGGACACGAGGCAUUGGAAAUGAAAUCAAAAAACGUUGGGAAUUCUCAGUGAGUCAGCCAGCUUCUGUUGAGAGAGGAACAGAGUUAAUCAGAGUUUCAGCUCUGCGUCCUUUCAUCAGAACACUCUAACAACAUGUAUUUUCCACCAACAAUGCCAUUUUGAGGUCCAACGAUAGUGAUCGUGAGUCCCACCACUUACAUCAAGUUGCCUCACACCACAUCAUACGUUUUUGUUUCACCCCUUCUCGUGCCCCAACUGAGUAGACCUCUCACUUCGCACCACCUCUAGAUCCUGCCAUCUCUAGUUUUCUACGGCAACUGUUCUGAACCAGAAGAAACUAUAGAGUUUUGAACACAGCCCAGUCCAUCACAUAAGUCAACCUUCAAUCCAUGGACUUUGUAUACACUUCUCACUGCAUCAGAAAGGUAGCCAACAUCAUCAAAGACCCCUCCCACUCCAGUUAUGAUCCCUUCCAACCUCUUCCAUCAGGCAGAAGGUACAAAAGCUUAAACACACAUAUCA